AUGGCCUCCUGGAUGUCGGGCACCAGCUGUGCGUUGAGGCUCUUCACAGAAAUUGCGCCGUUCUGCGGAAUGUGUUUGACAAUACUCGUGAGCAUCUUCCAGUCAUCACGCAUCACGAUACGUGUCAUGUCGCUGAGCUCACCAUCCCCUGUUUGGUUGAUCAAGCGUGGAACAGUAGAGCCUCGGCCACUGCCACCACCACCACCAUCCCCGCCAUUUCCAUUACCAACGCCGCCUCUGCCUCGCCCGCCCCCACCGCCGCGGCCACCGCCAAAGGUGCCUUGGGCACGUGCCGAGAUAAAGAGCGCCAUUGUGCGGCUCUCGGCGAGGCUGUUGUUGCCAGGUUGCAACGCGGCUGCUGUGUUGCAGCCGGCUGCGAAGAUGCCACUGCCAGCGUAUGCUCGUUGA